AUGGCAUCCAAAGAUUUUCCCAAGGAGCUCUUGAAUUAUCGUUCGGUGGUGGAUCGAAGUUACAAGCGUUAUAUUUUGAAAAACGGCGAGAAUGGUUUGUGCUAUUUGCGACAUCCAAAUGGAAUAAUAGUCGUUACAUUGUAUAAAAAUCAUGAAUUGGUACAGAAGCAGAUCAAAAGAAUUGAUUGGCAUAUGAAAAAAAAUAAGGGGAUUGAUCGAAGUAAGCAAAAAGGUGGAUUAGCAUUAUUCCCAGAUACAAAACUCUGUAUUGUACACUGUGAAGAUGGUACCGAAUAUAUAUUACGUGCUGGUAUUAAAGCUCUUUUGAUUGAAAUCAAUGAACGCCUUCUAAAAGACCCUAAUCUAAUGCGUUCUGCUCCUGAAAAUCAAGGUUAUAUUGCGAUAAUCAUGCCAUACUCUAAUGAACGAAGGCAGCCUCCGCAGGCUUUUACCGAAGACGCUGACGAUAAUUAA